UCUGUCAUCGUCCAGUCCAGAAGCAGAAGAAGCGGAGAGCAGGAUGAGUGACGUCCGGUUGACUGCAGCCUCGUCCACCGGGCCUCCAGGACGAGGCUCCCGAGGCCAGGAGCCUCCGGCCUUCGUCCUCCCUCCUCGCAACGUCCGGGUUCCCCUGGGAGGACACGCCCGGCUGGAGGGCAAGGUGUAUGGUCAUCCUGAGCCUCAGGUCACAUGGUACAGGGAGGGGAGGGCUGUGAUUGGCGGAGAGCGCUGUGUCCUGGUGAGAGGUGGGCGGGGCACCUUCAGUCUGGUGGUGGGCGGAGUCAGAGAGGAUGACCUGGGACGUUACACCUGUAUGGCGACCAAUCACGCAGGGAGUCGACAAGUUACUGUGGAGAUUCUUCUGGAAGAGGAUUCUGGGAAGAAGAUCAUCUUCCCGUCCUCCAUGAAACCAGGGUGGCGCACUAACAUACAGAUGUUGGAGAACAGGUCCAGCAUUUGGGCUGAGAGUCCGCCCAAGUUCAUCAGUAAACCGAGCCGGGUCUACGCCAAACUGGGGCAGAGCGGGAGGUUCUCCGCCAAAGUAACCGGACGACCACAGCCCCUGGUCACAUGGUACAAGGAGGGAGCGGGGCUUCCUUUUUGUAGGCGGGUCAGUAUAUACGAGCGCUCUGGCCUUCACUUCCUGGAGAUAAAGGAUGUUUGUGCGGAAGAUGCAGGAACUUACACGUGUUCGGUCUCCAACGGUGCUGGAACAGCGACGGUCAGCGCCGAGCUCCACAUUCAGGGUGCUGACUCCUCCAGCAGGGCUGUGUGGAGGUCAGUGUCGUGGUCCAACCUGCGGUUUGAGGCCGUUCCUCUGGACCAGGAGGCCACAGAGGGAGGACAGAUGACCUUCACCUGCCAAGUCUCGUGUGCGGCCGUUGCCAUGGUUACCUGGCUGAAGGACGGGAGGCCGGUGAGGACAGGACCACUUCUGCAGCAGAGGCAGGACGGAGCCUGUCUGACCCUCACCCUGCAGAGAGUAAGACAUGUGGACCAAGGGAUGUACAGGUGUCAGCUGACCACAGCUGAUGGUCCGACCAUCGACUCUGCAACAUGGAGGCUCAGUGUCCACAAGGGCCCUCUUCCAGAUGGGGCUCGGUCCUCCUUUGUCGGGGGUGUGGCCAUGCUUACCAUCCAGAACGCAUCAUGCCACCAUGAAGUUCACUGUCUCGUGUGUUUCACGUGUUAUUGUUAUGUUGUUUCAGGCGGACUGCAGGGUCGCAGGUCAGAGGUCACAGAGGCUCCGCGCUUCAUCAGACGACUGACUGACCUGAAGGUGAUGGACGGCAGCAGAGUGACCAUGACGGUGGAGCUGACUGGUCAUCCCCCUCCAGAGGUGGUGUGGCUCCACGACGGACAGGAAGUGGCAGAGUCGGAGGACUUCCAGCUCCUCAGGGAGGAGAACCUCUGCACUCUGCUGAUCCAGGAGGUUUUCCCCGAGGAUACAGGGACGUACAGCGUCCAGGCCUGGAACCAGCACGGAGACGACUCCACACAGGCCCGCCUCACGGUGGAGGAACCUCAGAACGGUGUCCAACCAUGGUUCAUCACCAAACCCAAACCAGUGAGCGCCGCUGUGGGUCAGCACGCCCUCCUGUCGUGUGCCAUCGCUGGAGACCCUUUUCCCCAGUACACCUGGACCAGAGCACACCUGAGCCAACCUCUGACCUCAGGAGACGACUACGAGCUGCUGCAGAAAGAGGAUGUCAUCUCGCUGCUGAUCAGGAGAGUGAAGAAACAUCAUGCUGGAGAUUAUGUGAUCAGUCUGAGCUGUGCUCGUUCAUCCAGCCCUGCAGCAGCAGCAGCAGGAGGAGGAGGAGGAGGAGGAGGAGGAAGAGUAGCUGGUGGGAGUGCAGCGCUGAGAGGAGGUUCCAGAGGAGGAGGAGGAGGAGGCGUGGAGCCCAGAGGCAGCAGCAGAGGUGGUGUCAGUCGGCAGGAGGCCAACCAGGAGCAGAAGGAGAACCAGCCUCUCCUGCACCUGCACAAGGAGGAGAACAAGAAGAAGGAGGCCGACCAGGACCGUCCCGCCACUGCUCCCCGAGGCCUCCUCAGACACUGUGUUGACACCAGGGAGCGUGGCGAAGAGGAGCUGCGACAGAGGGAGGCGCAGCAGCUGGAUUUCCGCUCGCUGCUGGGACGCCAAGCUUUUCACGCCAAAAACAACCAGGGAGAGGAGCCAAGGGAGGCCGGCCUUGCCACCGCCACUGCUGAACACCGCCGCCACCACCACCAGAUGGAUUUUAAGGCCAACCUGAAGGGGGUCAAACCCAAGACGGAGGAGGAACGCAAGGUGAACUCCCCGCAGCAGGUUGAUUUCCGUGCUGUACUGGGUAAGAAGGGCGCCGCCGGCAGCAAUGGCAACAAACCAGCUGAGACGCCUGAAAAGGACGCCACCGACUUCAGGUCCACUCUUGCCAACAAGAAGAAGCCAGCCAGCCCUGAGAAGAAUGGGGAGAGUGGGAAGACAGCGGUGAACAACUGUGUGGACGGAGCGAUUCAUGAGAAGAGGAGCGGCGGAGGAGGGAAGGCACCAGAGUUUGUGGAGACACUGAAUGAUGUGACAGUGGUGGACGGACAGCGCCUCCGGCUGCAGUGUCGCCUCGCCGCCGCCACCUCUGACCCCACAGAUGUCAUCGUCACCUGGACGCUGGACGGGAAGGUCAUCAAGUCGUCAAAGUUCAUCAUACUCGCCAACGAAGGAGGCCUGUGCUCUCUGACCAUAGACAAAGCUCUGCCGGAGGAUGAAGGUCAGUACAGGUGCAGAGUUGAAAGUUCAGCAGGACGAGCUGAGAGCUGCUGCAUGGUGCUGGUUGAUGACCCGACAGAAAACUCUCCUGCAGACAAGAAGUCGAAGAAGUCGACUCCGACCUCAGAGAGUGAAGCCAGGAUAAAGAAACCAACUCCCAAGACUCCUCCAAAACAAGCUCUGCCUCCUCAGAUCCUUCAGUUCCCUGAGGACAUGAAGAUCUUGGCGGGAGAGAAGGUGGAGAUCCUCUGUAAGUUCUCUGGAGCUCCGCCCAUCAACUGCACCUGGCUAAAGUUCAGGAAACCAAUCCAGGAGGGCUCGGCCGACAUCUCCAUCGACAGCGGUGACGGCAGCAGUAAACUGACCAUCUCCAGCGGACAGCAGGAACACUGCGGCUGUUACACCAUCGAGCUGAGGAACAGCUACGGCCUCCGACAGGCCGCCCUCAACCUCACCAUCGUCGAUAAACCUGACCCUCCAGCGAAGGUCCCGGCUGCCUCAGAUAUCCGGCGGGCCAGUCUGACCCUGUCGUGGUACGGGCCGACCUACGACGGCGGCAGCGCCGUUCAAUCAUACAACCUGGAGAUCUGGGAGUCCGUGGAGCAGCAGUGGAAACACCUGGUGUCGUGUAACAGCACCUCCUAUAACAUCCAGAACCUUCUUCCUGAUCGUCAGUAUAAGUUUCGUAUUCGGGCGGUAAACAUUUAUGGCGUCGGCGAGCCGAGUGCGGAGUCUGAGCCCGUCACGGUCGGACUGGUGGACGACGAGAACCAGGACGAGGCCGAAGACGAGGAUGAAGACUUGGAGAAGGAGCCGGACUACAGAGACGUUAGCAUCCGAACAGACGUGAAGGUGAAGGAGUUGUACGACGUGGAGGAGAGACUGGGAACGGGAAAGUUCGGUCAAGUCUUUAAACUGGUGGAAAAAGCCACGAGGAAGGUUUGGGCAGGAAAGUUCAUCAAGGCUUAUUCAGUGAAGGACAAGGAGAACGUCCGGCAUGAGAUCGGCAUCAUGAACAGCCUCCAUCACCCCAAACUGGUCCAGUGUAUCGAUGCCUUCGAGGGCAAGUCCGACAUCGUCAUGGUGCUGGAGAUGAUCUCCGGCGGCGAGUUGUUCGAGCGGAUCAUCGACGAGGACUUUGAGCUGACGGAGCGGGAGGUGAUUAAAUACAUGCUGCAGAUCAUCGAUGGAGUCAACUUCAUCCACAAACAAGGCAUCGUCCACCUCGACCUCAAACCUGAGAACAUCAUGUGUGUCAACAAAACCGGCAGCAAAAUCAAACUCAUCGACUUCGGCCUCGCCAGACGACUAGAAAAUGCUGGAACUCUAAAGGUUUUGUUUGGGACCCCGGAGUUCGUUGCCCCCGAGGUGAUUAACUACGAAGCCAUCAGUUAUCCCACCGACAUGUGGAGUAUAGGAGUCAUCUGUUACAUAUUGCUGAGCGGUCUGUCUCCCUUCAUGGGCGACAACGACAACGAGACUCUGUCCAACGUCACUUCGGCCUCCUGGGACUUUGAGGACGACGCCUUUGAUGAAAUCUCCGACACCGCCAAAGACUUCAUCACCAGUCUGCUGAAGAAAGACAUGAAAGCUCGGCUGACCUGCGCUCAGUGUUUCGAACACCCGUGGCUGAAGCAGGACACCAACACCAUGAAGGCCAAGAAGCUGUCGAAGGAGCGGAUGAAGAAGUACAUCCUGAGGAGGAAGUGGCAGAAAACGGGUCACGCUGUGCGAGCCAUCGGUCGCCUGUCGUCCAUGGCCAUGAUGGCUGGAGUCAGCGCCAAGAAGGGUUCACCCACUGAAGAGGACAAUCAGUUCCUGGAGUGUUUGGAGUACGAGCAGAAGACCGAGUGUAAACCCACUUUCAGCUCCGUCAUCAAAGACGUGGAGGUGGUGGAGGGAAGUGCCGCUCGCUUCGACUGCAAGAUAGAAGGUUUCCCUGAUCCAGAGGUGGUGUGGUACAAAGACGAGCAGCCAAUCAAAGAGACCCGACACUUUCAGAUCGACUACGAUGAAGACGGAAACUGCAGUCUGGUCAUUUCAGAGGUGUCGGGCGACGAUGACGCUAAGUACAUGGUGAAGGCGGUGAACAGUCUGGGGGAGGCGACCUGCACCGCUGAGCUGCUGGUGGAGGUGAUGGCGGGAGAGGAGGAGGAGGAGGAAGAGGAGGAGUAAAGGAAUGACCGUCUUGACUCCCACAGGAAGAGGAGGUGGAGCUCACCAGUUCGUCGGCCUGUCAGAUCUGAGCAGGAAAAUAAUGACCCACAAAUAACAGGUUGUGAUUGGAAGAGCAGGAGGUGGCGGGGUUUGACUCACCAGGUUUCACUGUGGUUGUGACUGAAAUCACUCACUGUUCACACCUUCAUUAUAUAAACUAUAUAACUAUAUAAUAUAACUAUGUCUUCUAUAUAGAGACGAUACAUGAGGUCAUCGAGAAAACACAAAUACUCUUUCAGACACUGUUGACGUCAUUGUCUCAAGUGUAUGACGUAAAACAACAACAGCGAUGUCGGCUGGUGAAAAAUCCCACUGUAAAUUUUAAAUGUUUAUUUCACAAUUAGUAUUUAUAUGUGACCAUCGGUUGUGAGUUCAUUAUACAGGGUAUAAAAAACAUUCGGACUGAACUACGAAAUGGAGAAGUCACGAUAAAGUGAUAAGUGAGGGAUUUCAGACUCAGCCUGUGUGUCGACACGUGACUGACAGGUGUGUUAACAGGUGUACCAACACAGACGGAGAAACACCGCCCUCUGGUGGAGAGUCCCUCUUUAAUCAUGAGCAUGUGCGGUGUCGUAGCUAGAAUUUUAAAUAAGCGUCGGCGCCAAAAUUUACCAACACAGAAUAAUUUUCAAGUCAGAAUUAAGAUUUUAGUCUUCUUCAGUCUCACAGGUGUGAUUUAAUCUGCACUGUCAAACUCCGCCCACCUGAAACCUGAACAAACUCCGCCCCCUCACAUUCACCUCUGUUCAUUCAUCUAUUUCCUCAAACAAUUCUUUCUUAAAGAACUUUCUUAAAGAAUAUGCAACGAGUCUUAACUCACGUAAAACAUUGAAAAGUUACCAUGAAGAACACAUGUAUGUGUUUAUGACGUGAUCCAUGUUUCUGUUGAUCGACUGUUUGAAAAAACUCCACAUUGAUGUUUAAAAUGUCUGAUUACAAUCUUGCAGUGUCAAAGAAUUGUGGGAGUUGUAGUUGCUCUCUGCGAACAAACUCAGCUUCUUUGGUGUUAAAGAUUUUUAAGAAUCAUGUUUCUGAGGAAAUACGUUGAUGAAGAGUCGUCAAACAUGGACUGAAAAUAUUAAAGACAGCUCAGAGUACAUGUAACGGUUGCCAUGGUUACAGACUGUUUAUAAAUGAACCAUGAGAAACGAUGGUUCCUGUGAGUCCAGGUGAGGAAGAGGAGGGUUUGAUGGAGCAAUGAUGAAGAUGAACAGAGUCAGGUCACCGCAGAAUAAAAGACUUGAGACAAAGAACAACAGAAGCUAAUCAUGUUAGCAUUGCAGCCAACACAUUGAUAACAUUAGAAGAUGAUCCACGUGUUUGUGAUAAACUACGACUGGAUAUUAAAUGUAAUUAACGUAACUAAACAUUGGCUAAUAAGAACAGGUGAGUUGAUUAAAAUAGUUUGGAAGCCUCUGAAUAAAUACAGGAGUGGCUAACGAACAUUUGCUCACUAUUAGCAGAUAUCUUUGUCCAGAGCUAGUUGAUGUUAGCCUACAAGCUAACAAUGACUAGCUAUCUAGCAGCAGAAGUUUGAAUCAAUUUAAAAGUUUUAACAAUAAAAAUACAUUUCUACAGAAUUUGUAUCUCAAAUCAGUUAAAAACAAUGAAACGGUCACUGUGAUGAGCUGCAGCGUUAAAGCUAACUUCACAUAGAGCACUAAGAUUUGUACAAACAACUUUCAUCCAUCAGAAUAAACUUAUUGGUUAAAAAACGAAUAAACAUGUGAAUUAGUCAUCGUUAUAACGGAUGUAGCCCUAAAGCUAACAUCAGAUAGAGAGCUAACUAACAUGAGCUAACUUCACCCUGACUGAUGUUAGCUUCUUUGAUACAGAGGAUUUUAGCUAGGUUGAGAUAACAACAUUUGUUAGCUAACGUUAGCACAGCAGCUAAUAACAGCUGUGAGGAGCAAAUUAAAACUUAGGACGACAAUCGUUACAACAACAAACAUCAGACAGUAGAUCCAAGAAAAGCAUUUAGCAAUAGCGUGGUUUCUGGGUAAUGAAGUCCUCUAAAUGCCUGAAUGUUGUUGUGACCUGACUCUGUUGAUAUGAGAUGAAGAUAAAUUACAGCGAGAAGAUGUUUGUGUCGAUGACUCAGCUGCUGAUUUUAAUGUUUUCAGCUGAGAAACGUUGAAUCGUCAGUUUGUCUCUUUCCUUCUGUUUGAGCACUUUUCUUUUUGUCUCUUUGUAUUUUUGGCCUAAACAGUUAAACCAGAAACAUGGAACAACUAAGAGCUAACAGCACGUCUGCCUUACGACAUGAGCCGUUAAACACCGACACUUUAAAUGACGUCUGCUCAGUUUCUUCCGGACGUUUGAAUCGUUGUGGGUCAAGUCGUUUUCUUUUAAAGACACAGAGUUCACACUGAAGAGCUCUAGAUUCAUCACAGAAAAACAUGUUCUCAUUAAUAUUAACAUCACUGAAAAAUACUUCAAUCAUAAUAAGAUCUGAUCGUAGUUGUGUUGCACAAAAUGACGAGCUGCUCGUCCUGUGAAAUUAUAAGAUAAAGUCUAUAAUUAACAUGAAAUCUCAUCAGUAUCUGUAAUAAUCCCGUCUUUAUGUCCUAAUGUGUCAGGAAACUAUGAGAUAAGAUUCUGUGAUUAAAGAAUCAUUCUCUGUGUCUCAAUGGUAUAAAUCAGAUUUAUAUGUCCUUCAGUUUCCAGAGAUUUCAACACAUCUGACAUGACAUUUUAAAGAAUGUUUCUGGAACAGAUUGGAUUUGAUCAUCUCUUUGGAUUAUUUGUGUAAAUUCAAAUCUUCAGGUGCCUAACCUUGUCCCCUGCGUGUGUUGGGUAGAAACCAGACGUGAUUUAAACGUGUGGCGUGUUAACGUGUCAUGUCCACACUAAUGUCCAAGUCGUAUCUUUGAACAUGUUUUUGUCACAUUCCAGCUGUUUGUGCUUUAAUCCAUUUAUUUAAAAUCUUUUCAGGCUGAUUCAGUUUUCACCCAAAAACCAAAGAAGCGUGUUGAAACGUCACACGUGUGUGUUAGUGUGUGUUUGUGUGUGAUCAUCUGUUUAACAUGUGUGUUCGAUGGAAGAUUUUUUAUUUUUAGACUUAUUUAAUGCACAGAUUUAUAAUUAUAAUAUUAUCAUUUGUCUUGUUGAAGAUUCAGCACUUAAUUUGUCACAGUUAUUACCCCCCCCCCUACUAAACAACAGUGACUCACAGCGACUGAUCUUGUGUUAGAUGUAUGUAGAUUCUUUUAUAGAUAUAUAUAUAUCAGUUUGAUGAACAGCAGACGACAUGUAUGAGAACACUACGACUGUAGUUACUCACAGAUACCAAAUAAAUUUUUAUCACCAAACAAA